AGCGCAGCGGUGGAUGAGGGAGAUUAUCCUCCUUUACUGCGACUCAGUGUUAACGCGGAUCCACGCAGGCAGGAGCUGGUUUGUGACACAAAAUGGGAAACGCCGACAGCAGACUUCACUUCAGGAAGGCGGUGAUUCAGCUCACAACCAAAACACAGCCUGUAGAAGCCACAGACGAUGUCUUCUGGGAUCAGUUCUGGGCCGACUCCUCCACCACCGUCCAGGACGUCUUCGCUCUGGUGCCGGCGGCAGAGAUCAGAGCUGUCAGAGAGGAGUCUCCGUCCAACCUGGCAACCCUCUGCUACAAGGCCGUGGAGAGGUUGGUCCAGGGUGCAGACUCCGGCUGCCCCUCAGAGAAACAGCGCCAGAUUGUCCUGAACUGCACCCGCCUGCUCACCCGCAUCCUGCCGUACAUCUUUGAGGACGCCGACUGGAGAGGCUUCUUCUGGUCCACCGUGCCCGGAGCCGGCAGAUCAGGGCGUUUGGACGAAGAUGGCGAUGAUGAUGAAGCACGGCCGCUGGCUGAAUCCCUGCUGAUGGCCAUCGCUGACCUGCUCUUCUGUCCAGAUUUCACUGCUCAGAGCCACAAAAAGAGCAGCCCAGAUGCAGCGGAGGACAUUCGAUCCAUAGACAGCUGUGAGUACAUCUGGGAGGCCGGGGUGGGCUUCGCUCAGUCACCUCCUCUAAACUACGUCCAUGACCUCAACAGGACAGAGCUGCUGAAGUUGCUCCUCACCUGUUUCUCUGAAGCCAUGUACCUUCCUCCGUCCUCUGAAAGAAAAACCCAUAAUCCCUGGGUCUCCUUCUUCUGCUCCACAGAAAACAGACAUGCCCUGCCUCUGUUCACCUCCCUGCUCAACGUGGUGUGCGCCUACGACCCUGUGGGGUAUGGCAUCCCAUACAACCACCUGCUGUUCUCCGACUACCGGGAGCAGCUGGUGGAGCAGGCGAUCCAGAUCCUUAUCGUCACCCUGGAGCACGAGGCUGGGUCGGCCGCCAGCGCCGCCCUCCAGGCCCUGGACUCCUCCGCAUCCCCCUCAGCUGAGGAGGAGCAGGAGCCGGCUGGACCUGAUAACCUCUUUGUGAAUUAUCUCUCCAGGAUACACAGAGAAGAGGACUUAGGCUUCAUCCUGAAAGGUCUGGCACGGCUGCUUAACAAUCCUCUGGUUCAGACUUACCUGCCUCGUUCCACCAAGAAGAUCCAGUUCCACCAGGAGCUGCUGAUCCUCUUCUGGAAAUUUUGUGACUUCAACAAGGUGUUUUCUGCAAAGGGUCUUGAAGCUACGAAAUUCCUGUUCUUUGUGCUGAAGAGCAGCGAUGUGUUGGACAUGCUGGUUCCCAUCCUCUUCCACCUGAACGAUGCCAGAGCAGAUCAGUGUGAGUCAUACUCUCUGCCUGCUCGAGUCGGCCUCAUGCACAUCGGCGUGUUCAUCCUCCUGCUGCUGAGUGGAGAGAGAAACUUUGGCGUUCGUCUGAACAAGCCGUACACUCUCCGGGUCCCGAUGGAUAUUCCUGUUUUCACAGGAACCCACGCUGACCUGCUCAUUGUGAUCUUCCACAAAAUCGUCACCAGUGGACAUCAGCGCCUCCAGCCUCUGUUUGACUGCCUGCUCACAAUAAUAGUGAACAUUUCACCUUAUCUGAAGAGCCUGUCCAUGGUGACGGCCAACAAGCUGCUCCACCUCCUGGAGGCCUUCUCCACACCCUGGUUCCUCUUCUCCUUCCCGCAGAACCACCACCUGGUCUUCUUCCUGCUGGAGGUCUUCAACAACAUCAUCCAGUAUCAGUUUGAUGGUAACUGCAACCUCGUGUACGCCAUCAUCCGAAAGCGUAACGUUUUCCACCAGUUGGCCAACCUGCCGUCGGACACAGCGUCUAUUCAGAGGGCCCUGCAGAAGAAGAAAAAGUCUGGGAUUUCCAGGACCAACUCUACAGAGACGGAGUCCAUGGAGGGCUCCAGACCUGCUGUACCUGCUGAGCCUGGCACACUCAAAACCAGCUUAGAGGCCACUCCAGGAAUUGAUAAGAUAACAGAGAAGUCCCAGGUGAGUGAGGAUGGUACUAUGAUUGCUGUGCCACAUUCAGACUCUCCACAGACGACUGCUGACAGCAGUGCCAUAGCUGGAGCCAGCGACACAGAGUCCAACUCGGAGAGAGACCACGAGGUGUACCACGUAGAGUCAGAAGCAGCGAGGAGUCGGUUGUCAAGUGUGUCAUCAUCAGCAGCCUGGAGCGCUAAUCCAGACUGGGUGUUGUCCUGGAAGGCGAAGCUUCCUCUACAGACCAUCAUGCGGCUGUUACAAGUACUGGUCCCUCAGGUGGAGAAGAUUUGCAUCGACAAGGGUUUGACAGACGAGUCAGAAAUCCUCAAGUUCCUUCAGCACGGCACACUCGUCGGCCUCCUGCCCGUCCCUCAUCCCAUCCUCAUCAGGAAGUACCAAGCCAACGCCGGCACGGCCAUGUGGUUCCGCACCUACAUGUGGGGCGUCAUCUACCUACGCAACGUGGAUCCUCCAAUCUGGUACGACACGGACAUAAGGCUCUUUGAAAUUCAGAGGAUUUAGAGCAGCUGUUGAAGCUGUCCACUCCCAGCUUCUGUUUGUUCACCAACAAGACCUGCCGGUUCGCCUUCCUCACACCUGAGCUGUCAUCAGAGGAACGCUUCACAUCGUUUUGGUGUUAUUUAAAGAAAACAAGCAGUGAUAAUCUUAAACUGUACUUCCUUUCAGGGUUUAGACAAAAAUGAAGAAUGUCUAAACGUGUCACAGCUUUAAGUUACUGCACAUCAUAUACAACCUGUGUUAUCAGCAGAUGCAAUAGAAGCAAUGCCAAAUGGUCAUUAAAUUUGACAUAAUCAUGAGAUGUGACAUCUAUUGAAUAUUAAUUUAUUCACGUUGCCAAAAAAUAUGAUUAGUAACAAUAAUUAGUGAGUUUAAGUGACAAAGGGAAGUUUUUGCACAUGACUUUGAUAUUUUUACUUUUCCGUUCGUCUUUUAAACUCCUUGCCAAAUAUGAACUACUGGCACUGACAAACUGACAGCAUACUCUAGACUGAAGGAUACUUUUGUACUGAAGCCUUUCACAUUGUGCUGAAAGCGAACUUAAUAUGUCGUGAUUCGGGACUGAAACCCAGACAGGGAAGUCUUUUCUGUGAUUUCCAGACAGAAAAACGUUUUCUGUUGCUGAAACAGCAAGAGAAGCACUCCGAGAUGUGAAUACGAUGUGUUAUAUCCUGCCAGAAUUAAAAACUGAUGAGAUCGGUUUGA